CCCAUCCAACCAAACCCUCGCCUCCGCCGCAGGCCGCACCAUCACCGUGCCGCCGCCGCCGGCGCUGAUGGACCGGCACGUGAAGGAUUCCUUCCGCCGCCUUCCGCCGGAACUCGUCGAGGAGGUCCUCCUCCGCCUUCCGCCGGACGAGCCCGCCUGCCUCGUCCGCGCCUCCGCCGCCCUCAAGCCCUGGCGCCGCAUCCUCGCCAGUGCGGGCUUUCGCCGCCGCUACCGCGAGUUCCACGGGACACCUCCCGUCCUGGGGCUUAUCCAAGAGGACGCCAGCUUCCUCCCCAUAGCCGCCCUCCCCGCCCAGCCUGAUCGCCCCCGCCGGACCGCUCUGACGGCCCUGGACUGCCGCCGGGGUCGCUACCUAUUCGACACCUACAACCGGUACUUCAGGGUAGGGGAGACCGUCCGCAUAACGGUCGCGGACCCUCUGACGAGCCACGAGUGCCGCUUGGGCACACCGUUGCACGAUGGCGUGCUCUGGUUCAGCGCGGCGGUGCUCUGCGCCACACAAGGCUGCGACCACCACGGUUGCCUGGGAGGGCAUUUCCGUGUGGUCAUCGUAGCCACCAAUCAGAAGUGAACAGUCACAUCGGGCUGGCUGUACUCAUCGGAGACUCGCGUGUGGAGCGAUCUCACCUCUGUUCAUCACCCCAAUGUCACCAAAUAUAGCUACGACCGUGGUUCGCCUAGCGUUCUUGUGGGUGAUACACUCUACUUCGACUUGGAUGGUGUUAUUGAGUGCCAACUUGGUACCCUAAGCUUGUCAAUGUUUGAGAGGCCAACCGAUGGCAAGGGGCGUCUUAUGACGGCGGAAGACGGCGGGCUGGGAUUCGCUGCCGUGGUUGAUGUCACAAAUCUAACCCUGUGGUCAAUGCAUACCGGAUGGGAGGCAGCCAUGAGAUGGGCAAAACUCAGGGUAAUCGACCUUACAACGCUGCUCCCUGACGAGGCCCUCUCGAUGCCGGCACCUGAAGAUGGGAUUAGUGGCAUCGCGGAGGGCACCCAAAUCAUUUUUCUGAGCACAUCUGUUGGUACCAGCAGAAUUGUGUUUCCCUACAUGAGAUUCUACAUCCCAGCAAUGGAAGCACCUUGUACUGGCCAGGGGGAGUGAGCUGGUGUUUUAAGUGUUUGUCAAGCUCGAGUUAUUGGAGCAAGGGCUUUUGGAUCGAGGGGGAGGUGGUAGUAGUGAUGUUGGAUGUGCCACUAAGUGUGGCUCUGGAUCUGUGAGAUCACUACUGGUGUUUGUUUAGGAAGUUAUGGAGAUUUGUCUGGGAAGUUAUUGCGUCUUUGCAUGCAGUUUGUGAAGAUAUUUUCAGUCAUUUUGUGAUCUUGUGAAAGAUGGUUUGCUGUGGGAGAAGACCUGAAUGUCAUCUAGAAAUCAAAGUGUGGACACUUGGGUACCUUCUGAUAACAAGGGUCUAAAUUGAUUUGGUAUAAUACAAAGCCUUUAAGGAUUUCUCUUCUAUUCUUGACAUCUCUUAUCCCUAUUUUUCCUCCGGAGAGGCGGCUCACUUCAUCUGAGGUCUGAGAAGUUGCGUACUCAGGCCCUAGCACACAGCUAUCCCCUGAUCUGAUCCUUUCAUCAGAAACUGCAGCUAUUUCUUCAGUUAAAGCAACCCACUGUUCAGAUUCAGACAUCAGGAGUGUGAAGUGGAAUCUCCUAAUCUGGGACGUCCAAGCAGCAUCCAAUGGUCCAGGUUCAUUUUCCUCUAUCAGAGCACUUUGCUUUGUCACCGUUCCCGCUCUUUACCUAAGCCUCUUUUGCUUUAGUUGGUAGAGCCCAGAAUUUUAGACCCUGAUUUUGCUCUAGUUGCUUCAGUUAUAAACCCCAUUUUUACAGUAACAUGCGCUAUAAAGCCAUGUAAGAGCAGGAGCUCGAGCAGAUUUUGAUCCCUAGAUCAAACCCUCUUCGUCGCUAGUUGCGCAUUAAGCUAUAUUUCAAAAAUA